AUGGAUGAAUACGUGAACAUAAUGUGUGCAUCUGACCAGUACAAUAAAAUUUGCGGAAUAUUUACUGAUUAUGAAACAAUGGAAAAGAAGUUGUUAGCACAAGCAAGAAUGCUAAAUCAUCAGGUGAUAGCUUUCGACUUCGACGAAAAAUUAAAUGAAAGAAGUAUGGAAGAAUUAAUUAGUAAUCCCGAGAUUAGACUCUUCGAUAUUCACUCUCGUAUUUCGCCCAAUCGCUUGGAAGUUACAGACGAAUUUGAAAGAACGUAUAAAUCUACAGAUGCACUUCGUUGGUAUUCGAAGGAUUGUUUCUUAUUUUCUUCUUUAAAUAAAUGUAUGCGGAAACAAACUGGAAAUGUCUACGAUUGUGACAUGGUUUUGUUCGCUGUUGAUCUAUCGACACAGAUUCAAUUGGAAUGGCAGAAACAGCGAAAAGAAAUAAAUGGUACAUUAGACUUAUUUCAUGUUUACCGUGGAUCAAAUCUACCAGACAUGGAAAUCAAUCGUAUUCAGAACUAUCGUGAUAAAUCAAUAACUGUAAAGGGUUUUCUGUCAACAACAAAAUCUCUCAAUGUUGCUCGAAUGUUCGCAGCCAAUGUCGUAUUUGAUAUUGAAAUUGAUCCCAAACUGGAGAAUAUCAUCUAUGCUGAUAUUUCAACGUACAGCUAUAUCCCUGACGAAGAAGAAAUUUUGAUUGACUUUGAUACUAGUUUCCGAGUUGCUGAUGUCGUAUUAGAUCCUAUGGAUAAUUGCUGGACGGUUCACUUAGUGAGUGUGAACGAGACAGAAGAAUUAAUAGACGCCUACAUUAACACAAAAAGAUCAGAACAGGAAGAUGACAUUAUGAUUGCCACCGGCUUAGUGUUUUUUGGUCAUAAAGAUCGAGCAUGCCGAUUAUUAAAAGAAUCUCUCAAUUCUAUAGAUGAUAAUACGCAAAAAAUUGACAUACAAUGCGAGCUGGGAGAAAUAUAUACCCAAUCAGGAGAAUUUACGCUUGCUGCCGAUCAUCUCCGAGAAGCUCAUAAUCUUUGCACUCUAUUCAACCCAAAUUAUUAUCGUUUUCACGCUAUAUCAUUUUGGCUUGCCGUGAUGUAUACAUGUUUGAAUGACUACCAUCAAGCACUUGAUCACCUUGCUAUCCGGCUUGAAUUUCCAGAUCCUACGCCAUACAGUCUUCCUCGAUUGUGUUCUACAAGUUGGACAUAUUCGGUAACAAAUGAGGAAUCAUUGCGUUUUGAUCCUUAUCGAGUAGCCUACGAAUAUCUACAGAUGCGUCUCCUUCAAUACAAACAAAAUGAAGACACUUGCUGUAAAAUACACUUCUGUCUUGGUCUAAUUCUCUUAAAAUGCGGUAAAGAAGACAUUACGCUUCAAUCAUUAGAUGAGUCAUUACUACACAUCAAAGCAUCAGGACAUUUAUUAUCAGCAGAAUCCACUAAGUUUCGUAUUUUGUAUUACUAUUAUAUAGGAGUGAUUUAUGAAUCCAAAGAGCACUACAACAAGGCCAAACGUUACUAUCGCAAGAUAGCAUCUAUUCUAAACUGUAACGGUGAACAAAGCGAAAACCUUACUAUCAUACAUGUACGAAUUGCAACUUGUUACGCCGUGCAAAAACUGUACACACUGGCUAUUCAACAAUACAUGCGAGCAUUUCAGCAUAGUAUAGAGAAUGGUGAAUCAAUCCUUGUUGGUAAGGUGCGUGCACACCUAGCCAUUUGUUACCUCAAAGCUAAACAAUACAAUGAAGCGCUGGAACAGUUUAUUGCCGUUACUGCUUUAUUAGACGUUACUGGAAGACCAUUUGUUGAGGAGAUUUACCUUAUUAUAGCAGAGACACUGUUGAAAAUAAAUGACACUUCUGAAGCCACGACAUAUUAUUCAAAAUUUUUGGAUCGGUACGACGAGAUUGAGAGGGAUGAUUGUGAAUUGUGGUUUGACACUUGUGAACGUAUUAUCCUUACACACCUUUCGUACGAUCAGUUUGACUGUUCGAUAGUGUACGCAAAAAAAAUGCUUGAUUCUCGAAUCAAGAAAUAUCCCGAUUAUUUUGAAGAGAUUAUGAAUACGCAAUUGAUGAUUGGUUUGUGCUAUCAUAGAAGUAACGAUUUCCAAGAAGCAAUAAACUAUUACAAAAUGGCUUACGAUACUCUUGCUAAGAAGAAGAGUAGUAUUUGUACCGAGGAAGAUGAUCCCUUGAUUUCUUACCAGGGAGUAUUAAUACAAUGUACAAUUUCCAUUAUUUAUCAAGCAAUACACGACUACGAUCUAGCUAUCUCUCAUGCAAAUAUUACACUAGAAGCAGAGGAAAAGCGACUUUCCAGAGAUAAGAUUACCAUUGCUUCAUGUUAUGAUUUCAUUGGAUGGUGUUAUUACCUGAAGAGUGAAUAUGACAAAGCUUUGGAAUUUUGUACUAAAGGCUUACAUGUGCUUCAUACAUGUGCAUCAGAAAAUGAUGUGCGAUGUUGCAAUAUACACCAUAGUCUAGCAGCUAUCUGGCUUGAGCUUGGUGACCUGAAACAAUCAUUCUCGUACUGUACGGAAUCCAUACGUAUUUUAACUAGAAAUCCCGACUAUGAAAAUCAAAAGAUUUUGACCUACUUCUUCCUAUUAUUAGAUCGCAUUCGUAAACGUCAAAACAACGCAUCUGUGAUACUCGAUUCACCAGAAGGGUCGUCGGAUACUUCUGAACCUCAUGGGAAUGCCCAGCUUUCUUUCUGUCCUGAGUCGGUCGAAGUUUUGCAAUCAGAACGCUUUGUAGACAUGACAAGCGUACUAACUAUGCUUGCUUCCGAGUGCAAUUCUGGUGAAAAUGUUCAAAAGCAAUCGUGUUUCCCAUCAGAAGAUGAUAUACGCCGUGUCUUGCGUGCUAUAUCAUUCAAAGUUAUUGGCUGCUUUAAUGAAGAUAAUAGUCUCCAUACGAUUCAAAUACAAGAAACUGAACAACCAUCCGCUCUUCUAUAUCCAAUGCUUAGUAAACUAAACUGA